AUGAAAACUCGAGGAUAAAAACCAGAACAAAGUUUCGCAUAUCAAUUCAAGAAGGAUCAGAUUUUAGGGUAAAACGAAAAAGGAAAGCCAGUCUUCUAUAAGGUAGUAGAAGAUCUAUAAACAAAUGAUCAUAAAUCAUAAUUAAAGGUAGUAAGACUGGAGUAGUAAGAGAAACAAAAGGAUGGUAAGGUAGUCUACAAGGAAUCAUAGGAAGCUUUACUAUCUGUGAAGGAGAGAGCGUAAAAUAUAUAAUUAUUUUAGAUAAAUUGUUGAAGAUGUUGAGGUAAAAUCCACAAAACCAAAUCCAAAGAGUAAAUUGACUGUGAAUUCCUUUGUAUUCACCCAUGAUACCUUAUAAGAGAUAGCAAAGAGCCUUAGAUAAAUUCCCGCCAAUACCCAGUAGUAAAAGAAAUAGGUGAGUUCUGGAAGUGAAAGCGAAGAAGAAGAACCCCCUAAAAAGUGCACCAUAAAGAAGGGAACCAAAUAAGUAGUUAAGGUAGAGACUCAAAAAAAGGAAGUUAAGAAUAAUAAGAAAAAAAAGGAUGAAUCAGAUGAGAGUUUUUAGGAAUCAUCAGAAGAAGAACCACCAAAAAAAUAAGUUUCAUUGAAGAAGCAGACCCCAAAAUAGGUAAAGAGUAAUCAAAAAGGAGGAAAAUAAGUAAGGAUGGAGGAAAGUGAGGAGAGUUAUGUAGAAGAGAGUGAGUAGGAAUAAAAAAAGAAAAGAUAACCACUCUCCUCUAGAAAGGAGAAACUUGAAUUAUCUCCCAUUCAAGCAAGGAGAAGUAGAGCUCAAAGAAGGUUAGGCAAUGGAGAAGAUAAUAAAGUUGAAGAUAAUUAACUUUAAUCUUAAUCUGUUGAAUAAAAGAAAAAGAAAGCUAAGGCAAGUGAAAAGAAAUCUAAAUCUUAACCCGCUCAACCACCAAAAUUUAUUAAAGGAAAAAUUAAUCCAGAUUACACAGAGAUAAAGGAAAUUAAUGAACAAUUUGAAGGAACAUCUUCUAAAUUUACUGAUUAUUCUAGUACUAUGAUGAAUAAUAAGGAGUUGAUUCGAGCUGCUAAUACAGGAAAUAUUAAACUAUUAGAAGAUAUCUUUACGAAUUCAUUGAAGAUUAGUAAUCUCUUUUAAAAAUGGGCUCCUGAAAACGAUGUGAAUGCUAUUGAAAUCAUAUUUAAAAGGUAAGAUAAAGCUAUGUUACUUUAAUUUAUAAAAGCCAUAAAUAGAGUAAGACUUGGUAAUGCUCCCAGAUGCUCGCUCAAGGAAAUCUAAACAGGAUAUAAUGAUUAAUAUGCUUAUGGUGCUAGAACUAGAAAGGUUGCCUUAAGCAGAGGAGGAAGAGAAGGAAACAAUGCUUUUGUUUACGAUUUGAAUUAGGAGGAUAGUCUAACUGAGACUUAAAUUGAAAGAUUGAUGAGAAUUGAAAGUGAUCCAGAAUUCUUUGGCUUAAUGAUGGCCUAAUUGGGUGAUGAACAUGAAUAUUAUAAUAUGGUUGCUAUGGCAGUCAGAAGUGGAAAUUGGGCCACAGCUGGUUAUUUGGUUCAAAUGGCAAUGGACAAAGGACAUAUGUAUGGAUUUAAUUAAGUUCAUGUGGAUGUUUUGAAUUACACUAGUGCAAGUCGCAUUGGUAGUAUCAAAAAGCCUUCAGCAACAAAGAAAUCAGGAGGUAACUAUUUAAUUACUCCGAUCCAUUGUGCAGCCAUAAAUCCUAGUCAUACAUGUCUUUAGAAAUUAUUAGAUAUUUCUUAGGAAUACAAUAUUUUGGAUGAAAUUCACAGAAAACCAGUUCAUUAUGCAGCAGUAGCUUAGACAUCAGCCUGCUUAAAAUAUCUAAUGGAGAACAAUAUAGAUGUAAGAGAGGGAGAUAGAAGUAAGAACACCCCAUUGAUUUUGGCAGCCUAAUUUGGUCGUACACAUAAUGUAUAACUUCUGGCCUCUAAUUUUGUAGAUGGAAAAAAUAGAGAUGGAAAUGCAGCUAUUCAUGUUGCAUGCUAAGGAGGACAUUUGGAAACAGUAAAGGUCCUUCUAAAAAAUGGAUCCAAAAUUAAUUUAACAGGAUAAAAUAAAAUGACUCCAUUAAAUAUAGCCUGUGCAUAUGGUCAUUACGAUCUAGCUAAGUACUUAAUAGACAAAGGAGCUAAAGUGUUGGCUAAGGAUAAAUAUGGAAGAUCUUCAUUAGUUUUGGCUGCUAGAAAUGGUAAUCUUAAGAUACUUUCCCUACUGCUUAGUCAUGGAGCUGAAUACGAUUCACCAGACAGCUCUAAAAAUACUGCUCUGCAUUACGCAGCAGCAUAUGGUUUUCCCGAAUGUAUAACUGAAUUAAUGAAAGUUGGAGCUGAUCAAAAUCUACCAAAUUCUUGGAAAUUGACUCCCUUAUCAGUAGCCUUAUAGAAAAAUCAUUUAGGUAUUGUUAAAUAGUUGUUGAGUUAUCCUUCUACUGAUGUUAACUGUAAGGAUGAUGAAGGCAGAACAUUAAUAUCUUCAAGCUUGAGCAAAUUUACUAAUGAUACUUUCGAGUACAUGAAAUACCUGAUUUUGGAAAAGAAUGCUGAUGUCAAGAUUGCAGAUUUAUAAGACAAGACCCCGUUACAUUAUGCUGUGUUGCUGUCUCGAAAGGAUGCAAAAUAAUACUAUCCUAAAUGGAAUGACUUAACUAAAACAGAAAGAAGAAAUAUCAAAGAUAAUUAUGAAAGUUUAGUCCAUUAAAUGAUUGAACUCUUGAUUAACGCAGGUUCAGAUGUAAAUGCUCUAGAUGCCAAUGGAUUUACACCAUUCAUUCUAUCCUUUAUGAACUAGAACUUCAAAGUUUCAGAAUUACUUAUGAAAUUGUCUAAUCCCAUAGUUAACUAUGUUGACAAAAAAGAUAGAAAUAUUUUGCAUAAGCUAAUUGAAUGCAAGUUAUAUUUGAACGUGAAAGGAUUUUCAAUGUUAGAAAAUAUACUUGCUACUGUCGAUCCUACAUAUGUUAAUCAAUAUGAUGAAAAUGGUUGGAAUCCACUACUUUAUCUAAUUUCUGAAUAUACAAGUUAGGCAGACGCAUUAUAUAAUUAAAGUUUCAGUAAGAAAGUCUCAAAGUUGUAAGAAAAGUUAUAUGAGGAGAAGUUAAAAGUAGUGAUAGAAGAAGAAGAAAGAAUCAACAAGGAAAGGCUAUUAUAAUUAUAAAUUUAGAAUGAAGAGAAAUAAAAGAAGCUUGAUUAGGAGGAAGAGUAAGAAAACGAGGAAGGAGGUGUAAAAUAAGUAUUUAAUGAAGAAUAGAAGAAGGAUGAGAAAGUUGCUGAAGUCGAAGAUGAUGAUGAUGAUGAUGAUGACGAUGGUUAUAAUUUGCAAAAUAACAACUAAACCUAAUAGGGAAUAUUGUCGUAUAUAAAUAAGGCUCCUUAAACGUAAGCGAAUCUUGUACCAGCAAAGGAUUAAUUACAUCCAAAAACCUUCUAUUAUAAAAGUAAACCAGUGAUAGUCUAUUUAAAUCAAGAAUAAGUUAAUGACUUAUAUCGAUAGGCCAAAUAAGAAUCUUUGAAUUUAUAAGAGACUGUAAUUAAAUUGUACUCCUUAUUUAUCAAUAUGGGUGCAGAUUCGAAUUCAUCAAUCAUAAAGAGAAAAUAAUUCAGAGACAACGAGUAAGAACAAGUAGAAAAUCCUUAUGUUAAUGAGGGAUGUUAUACUAUAGCUCACUUUAUUUUCAAAUCAUAUCACAGUGUCUCAUUCUUACAAGGAAUCGAAAAAGUCAAACCUAUACCCUUGGAUUAAGCAGCAUUAUAAAAUAUUUACCCAAUUCAUCUCUUUGCAAAUACUUGCAGUGCAAAUUAUAUCUGCGGAAGAAGAGAUGAAAAAAGUAAAACAUUUUUGGAGUAUGUAAUUAAAAGGAUUAAUGUCAACAUACAAGACAAAACUUUAAAUACUCCAACAAGUUCAAUAGCUAUUAGAUACAAUUAUACCUUAGACGAAAUCCUUUAAGUUUUAAUAUCUAAUGGCGGAUCUCUCAAUAAUUUGAAUGAUUCUGAUUAAGUCCCAUUAUAAUAUUGGGUAAAAACAAAUGAUGUGAAGGUGGUUGGAAUCCUUUUGACCAAAUUUAAGGCUGAUCCCAACUUCCCUGAUAAAUAGAAAAGAACGGCGUUGCACCAUGCUAUAAAUUCAUCAAAUUCUUAGGCUGAUGCUAGUUUUGAGAUGGAACAUCUAUUAAUUAAGAAUGGAGCAAACACUAGUGCUCUUGAUAUCUUCAAAAGAACUCCUCUCUUUUAUGCAUUCACAAAAAUGACUUAUGAUAAUGAUUUUAGAGAAAUUGAUCCUUUUGAAACAGUGUCAUCUAUUAUAGCUGACAAAAAUUGUGAAGUUGAUUGUGUUGAUAUACAUUUAAGAUCUCCUCUUCAUUAUGCUGCAAUGAGAGGAAGUGUAAUAUCUGGAAGAUACAUGAUUAAAAUGAAAGCACCUAUAGAUGUUCCUGAUAAAUAUGGCAAUACUCCAUUAGCUUUGGCAUUCUUGUGUGGUCACUCUAAUUUCUGCACUAUGCUCAUAGAUAACAAGGCAGAUGUAAAUAGAUAUGCCAGUAUUAUUGACUAUGAGAAGUAUAGAAGAGAAGAAAAGAAAAAGAGAAGGGAGAGAAUUGAGAAUGGCGAGGCAAUCGAAUAAGAAGGUGAUGAGCCUUUGUCUGAUGACGAUAAGGAAUAAAAUGAUAAAGACGAAUCCAAUGAAUAAAGUCUUUAAAAUAAUAAUACCUUUGGUGGAAGUUUUUAAGAUCCUUAUAAAUCGUCCUUUUCGGGAAAGGGUUUAUUUAGUGGAUAAAGCUUAUUUUAAAAAAAUUAAUUUUAAUAUCAAUAGUAAUCGUAUUAUUAAUAGUCAACAUAACCAUAAAAAUAAAGUAGAUAUUAUUUAUUACAGUCAACUAAAUUCCCUGUAGGAACCUAUUCAUAUUUUAAAUUAGCAAUCAAAUAAGGAUGGUAAGGACUUGCUUAUUUGUUAAUUUCUGAUGGGUAUGAUUUACAAAGAGCAAUAGAGGAUGCAAUAAUGGAAGAACAAUUCAAGCUUGUACGUACUUUAUUGAUGAAAGUCAAGGAUGACAAAAUUGUUUAGAAACAAAAUAAAAACAAAUAAAAUCUCUUCCAUAUCUUUUCCAUCAAGGGUAGAAAAUGUACAGAAGAAAUUGCAUUAAUGAUUGCGGAUGAAUUAGCAAAUAGACAAGUUGAUAGGAAUGCUAAAGAUGAUUAAAAUAAUACUCCUUUGCAUUAUGCUGCUCAACAUGACUUUUUUGUGAUGAUUUAAUAUUUAUUGCAAUGCAAAUGCAAUCCAAACAUUUACAACAGCCUUUAAAAUACUCCAUUUUCUAUUAGAUUAUAGGAAAAUUACUAAGUGUUGGCAUAAGAAUCAGAAUUACAACUAUGGAAGGAUAAGAAUACAAAUUUAAAUGUCAAAUUCAAAGUUAAAGGGAGAAACUAUUAAAUGUCGACUAUUUUGUAUUUGAUUUAGGAGUACCAUUUGGAGGAUGAAAUAACUCUAAAUAAGUUUAUUGAUGCAGGAUGCAAUAUUAAUGAGAAGACAGAUUCUGGAGAGAGUUCAUUGAUGUUAUCUAUUAAAAUAAACUCCAUAAGGUUGGUCAGUUUUAUAUUGAGUCAUCCUAACUUCGAUAAGACUCUGCAUUCAUAAGAUUCAUAAAAUAGAACACCAAUCCAUUAUGUUGUUUAACCGCUUGAAUUUGGAUCAUAUGAGAAUAUUUAGAUGUUGGAAUUAUUGUCCAACUACUUUGAUGUCAAUUAGCCUGACAAUCAUGGAAGAACUCCUUUGGAUUAUGCUAAUGAUCAAGACUCAGGAACUAUGGCAGAGGCACUUAAGAAAUUAAAUGCUGUAGAGAGCAAGAGAUAAAAGUAACCUAGACUUCCUACAAGUAUUAUUUCUCAGGCUCAUUGGGUGGAGGAAGAGAUCGAUGUAGAGGCAGAUGCUCAAAAAUUCCUCGAUGAAAACGGAGAAUAAUUGGAUGAUUCAAAAUAGGACGCUCGAAUAAUAGUUGAUCCCUCAGCUAGAGAAUCAGGUAAGGUUGAGGUGCUGGUCGAUAAAGAAUCAGGGCCAUAUUCAUUAUUAAUGACUAAGGUUGAUAUUGGAAAUGGCAUUUAUUCAGAGAAUGUAUUUUAUAGGAUGCAAGUCUUGCAUGAAAUUAAUAGAAAUGUUUAUAUACUCUUAACCAAAUGGGGAAGAAUUGGCACACCUGGAUAACAUCAAUUAACUCCAUUUGAUAACGCAGAAGAAGCGAUCAAGGAAUUUAAUAAGAUAUUUCACACCAAGGCUGGAGGAAAUAAUUGGAAAAGUGUGUAAACUGGAGAAGAACCAUUUAUAAAGAAACCAGGAAAAUAUCAAUUGAUAAAUUUCAAGAACAUUAAAAAUUACAAAACCUUGCUUACUCCCUUUGAUUUUAGUAAGAAAAGUCCUUAUCAAUAAUCCAAUCUAGAUAAGGCAAUCAAAAGAUUCAUGCUGUAAUUUGUCUAGGUUAAAUUGUAUCAUAAAGACUUGUAAUAGUUCCAUAUUGAUUUGGAUUCUAUGCCUAUUGAGAGACUAGAUAGAAAGUAAUUGGAAGCAGCUAGGGCUAUUUUGAAUGAAUUAACAGAUUGUGUUGAAGAUCUAAGAUUACUUAGAUAAAAGGGUGAUAUUGACAUUAAAAAGUUUUAAAACAUCUUUAAUGAGAUUUGUGAUAAAUCAAGUAGAUUUUAUGAAUUGAUUCCAGUAACAGAAUUAAGAACAGAGCCUAUUCCUCCAUUGGAUUCAGUAGAGGUAAUAAAUCAAAAAUUACUGUUAAUUGAAACCUUGCUAAACUUUGAAACCACUUCUAAAAUCCUAUUAGGUGCUCAUUUAAUGAAAAAAUCAAUUAAUCCAUUAACUUAUUGUUUCAAUGCACUUAAUGUUAGAGUAGUUACUCUUCCAAAAGAUCAUCCUGAAUUUAAAUUGAUCGUCUAAUAUAUAAACGCAUCCCAACAAUCAAAGAUUUCAAAUAUAUUUGCAAUUGAGAGAAAGGGAGAAGCUGAAAGAUUUGAGCAUAAUAAAGAAUACAAGAGAUUGCUUUUAUGGCAUGGUUCCAAGAUUUCUAAUUUCAUGGGAAUAUUAGCUUAAGGGUUGAAAGGUAUUCAUUAUUAUUUAUAUCUAUAGUUGCACCACCUUGGGCAUUAAACACUGGGGCUAUGUUUGGAAAAGGCAUCUAUUUUGCUGAUACCUUCUAGAAAUCGUAUGGCUAUACUGAGGAUUGGUCUCUGCAUUACAAUCAAUAUAAUGGGCUAUUCUAAUAGUAUGGAAACUAUAGGUAAGCCAAUGCUAAGAAAGAUGAAUAAGAUGAAAUCCAAAGGUACAGAUACAUGUUACUAUGUGAAGUGGCUGUUGGAAAAUCAAAGAAUCUAUACAAUGCUGAAACCAUUACUAAUUUAGAUAGUAAUUUUUAAUCAUAAAUCAUUUUAGAAAAAUAUUAAUCAGUUAAAGGAUGUGGAAGAAGAGGACCUGAUUAUAAGUAAUCAGUUAUCUUAUCAAAUGGAUGCAAAGUCCCAGUUGGAUAAUGUAUUGAGUAUCCACAACCAUAGAAGAAAGCUGCCAAUGGAGAUUUAAUUCAUCGUUUCAAUCUUCAAAAUAAUGAAUAUAUAGUUUAUGAUGAAACUAAAGUCAAGAUCAGAUAUAUGGUUUAGUUGGAUACAAAAGACACAUUGGAUGAGUAUUGA